GGAGGGGGAACAGUAUCAUGACAAGGUAAGGUUGUAGCCGCCCCCUACCCUGUGCAGGUAGAACUACCCACGAGGCUGUGUUUACAACCACCACACCCUCUCCUCCGUCCAAUCGAGUUCCACGGGUCUGCACGUGCUGCACAGACUGGGAGGACGUGCACUUUGACGUCACUGUGAUGACGUUGUUUGAGCGGUGGGCGUGGCUGACAAUCCACUGUUGUGUGUGUGGCAAGAUGGUCUCCGCUCUCUGUUCUUUCUGUACUUCCUUGCCCCUUGGUUUACCUGCAGGAGACCUACCAUGACUAGCCCCAACAAAACAUCUUCAAAUACUAUCCGAUGCCCUUCGUGCGAGGAAUACAAAAGAACGACCAAACAAUCAAAGGAUCGAUUCUACAACUGUCCAGCAACAGCGGUCGUACUCCCCUUUAGCGGUCACCCUGCCAUACGACGGAACAAAAGCUGUGUCAUUUGGACCGGUCUGCACAGCUUCCGUAACGAUCCAUUCGGCGUUCGCAACAUCGGAACAAGGAUGACGGAAGAAAUUCCUCUCAUCCCCAAAGUGAACGCGCUGGAAGUGCGAACGGGAAAUAUCGUCAACUGGAACAGGCUGAAACGCAAGCCAAACAUCAACCCGACUGAAGAGCUUUCAGAGUGCAUUACAGCUACUGUGCAGAAGUUUCUGGCAGCUAGUGAUAAAACAGAACUGCAGUACGUCACACACAUUGACUGCCUUGACAAUGAUUUGCACGAGCCUUUGCAAGAAGAAGAACGUGGUGAGCUAAAAGUAACCAUUAAGGUUUUCCUCUGCUCCAAGCUGCCACCACAAGUCAUCCAUGAAUCUGUUGAGAAAGUGAUGGAAGACCUAAAGGUGUCUUUCGUGGAGACAGUGCUGUUGUCAAUCAGCAUGUUUAAUACAGAAGAAGAGAUAACUGUAGAGCAGCUGAAGCCUUACUGGAAGGUCCUUGAAAAGAUGGUGCAGGAGGAGAAGGUGCUGUCCAUUGGCGUAUCAGAUCUGGACAAGACAAAGCUUGCUGAGCUAUAUGAGUGGGCCAAGGUAAAGCCAAGCACAGACCAGGUGAACUUGGCUUCUUGCUGUGUUAUGCCAAAGGAGUUGACAGAAUAUGCAAAACUUGUUGAUGUACAGCUUCUGACUCAUAAUGAUCCAACAGAGUUGCUACCAGCAAGCAAGCUUCAGGAAGCGAUACGAAUGUGCAGCACAGAGCCAGACAGUGUAGGCUGGGUUGGCCAGUGGGUGGCUCGAUACUCAGUGCUGGUCAAAUGUCGUGGCAUCAUCAAGAGCAAAGGCUACGUCCUUUCUGCCUCUAGAGAUCUCCACCAGCGAGCAUGAAAUCAGUCUUUCACAGUCUCCUUUAGAUUAAAAGAUUUCCAACAAGCUUAAUUAUUAGUUUUAGAUGCCACGGACCUUUUUAAAGCAAAUUAUGUGCAUUAGCUUCAUUUCUGGCAGUUUUAUAGAUUAAUAGUGCAAUAAGAAACAUGCAUAAAAAGUGCCAGCAGAUAGUGCCAAAAACAAAAGAAAGGUAAAACCUGGCACUGCAGUCAUAUUCUUUGUUUCAAGGAAAAGUUCUGCUCUGUCAGUCCUUGGCCGAUAUAGAUAUCCAGCCAUCUUUCUGGAGCAGUUGAUAAGGAAAUCUCAGUUAAUGAUAUUUUGCUUUUGAAGCUUCAGAUAAAAAAUUUUGACCAGUUUUAAAUCACGGAUAACAAGAUUAAAUGAAAAAUGUGGCAGAUUUCUGGUUUAGGGGCCAAGUUUGGACUAUCAUGUCACUUGAUGAUCAUGGAGAAUAUGAAACAGGUCAUGCAUUCCAGUGUGUGUUUGUGUGUAUGUGUAUGCGAGGGGGUGUAUGCAUGAUAUAUGGUGUUGAAGAUUCAGAAUAUAUACCUAACACUUUGCCAGUGGUUGAUUAAUAUUAAUUUGCUAAAUUAUAUAAAUUCACUAUUAUUAUUAUUAAUUACUAUUUAAGAAAGAUUUUUGAUCCUAUCUAUAUCCCCUGAAUCUGAUAUGUCUGUAUUCCUAGUUUGAGAAUUUCCCAUUUUGUAACAUUUAGAACAUUUGUUACUUUCCUGUAAAAAGGUAUUCUAUCUUAAAAUUUUUGUGAAAAGAUUUGAGCAUCUUUUUCAUGUUGCACUUUUAUCUUUUUUUUAUUAUGAGAUACUUUCUGUAUAAUUCAGCUGGUGGCAUUUAAUUAAUGUCUUAUCAUUUUCCUUCACCAGAGUGGAAAAUGAGUCUGGCACCAUACUACAAUAGAGCUUUAUUUCAGUUCACGCCUUUAUCAAUAAAGAUGUAGCUUACUUACGUGCACUAAAAAUUAUCUUCAAUUAGAAAUGGACAUCCAGGAAAGAUAGUGUUGCUGUUUCUUUGUUCAGCACAUUGACAUGAUGUUCACAUCCAGUUUGUCAUAUUUUGCAUUGUUCUUUAUAAAUACUUUGUGGGGUGACGGUGUGACCAGAACUUUACUAAACACACCGUGGUUUAGUUUUAUUUUGUAUUGCACACCCUUAAAUGAAAACAACUCAAAAUAAGAUGGUAGUCUUAAAAGGUCCUGGCCAUUUAAAGCUAACAUUUCUAUAGUGGAGUUAAAAAGUUGAUCUCAGUGGGGAAUGUUUAAGAAAAAGGGCAUAGCACUGCAAUGAAGUUUAGUAGAUAAACUGAACAUGUUCUGCUUGCAUCUUAUCUCAGUAUGCAUCUUCCCUUUUAAAAGUAAAAUUUAUAGUGCAUUAUUUUCAUGUUUUAUCUUCAUCCAGGCAUCUCUGUCAAAUUUGUAUUUUACAUCUGCUAGGAAUACUUCAGAUGAUAAACAGUCUUCUCCUCUUAACUCCUCUCAAGUGCCAAAUCUUGUGCAAGAGGAGUGUUAAAUGGGCAUAUAUCUGAACUUUGUGUAAAAGUCUCUAGCUAGUCGUCUGUGCUUCUAACUAGAUUUUAGUCCUUUAGUGACUUAAGAAGUAUAAAAAGAAAUACUUCUGUCUGUGAAGAAACAGGGAGAUCUUCAUAACUGUUUUGUUUAUGUCUAGAUUUUAGAUCUGUACAUCAGCACUGUUGAUUUCAGGUUCCUGUUUUCUGCAAUUACUCCACUAGACUGUUUUAGUAGGCUUCAUGCACAGUAGAGGCAGAUCUGAUAUGGCUGGCAUUAUGCAUCUUGCAGGAAGCUUAGCUUACAUUGACCAUUAGUGCUAUGCUCUAACAAAGGUAGUGCAGAUGUAACAAUAUUUCUGUCAGCAAAAGUUAGGCCACUAUGCCAAAGAUUGUGAAUUGAGUUUCCAUACAAACACCAUAAAAGCUUUCAGAUGCUUAUUACUUUAUUGACAUUGAAAAUUUCAUGCAAUGGGAAGGGUGCAGACCACAUCUAUGCUAAUGGCAUUCACCUUCUCAACAUGAGUAGCUACACUACCGGGGCAUGCUGUGAACUCUGCUUUUACGACCAACUUACAUUAUUAUUAUAUCUGUGUAUAUUUACUUUUUGUAGAGCGCUUUGAGCCUGCCUUUGAUGGCGGGGUAAAGCGCUACUUAAAUUUAUCAUAUUUUUAUUAUUACCUUUGAAUUUAGUAGGUAAAACUGAACUACUGUAGCUUAUGAAUUAUAACAAUGUGCAAGAUAGUGUUGUGGAAUGCUGCUUUCAGCUAGAAAAUAAUGACAGUAACCAUCUUACAGAGAAAGCUAUAAAGUUGAAAUAUCAAAGAGAACUUGAUUUAUUUUUUAUCAGUUUUUAUGUAGACUUUUUCCCCGUAUUGUACAAUGUUUUGAAUGCUUUUAGUGGCAGUUUGUAGUAAUCCAGUCUCAAGGUCUCCGCAUCUGAUUUUUUUUUUCUUACAAGAUCUUGUCUGUAUGUGAUAAAUGCAUGUGCCUUGAAUUUAUUAAUUUGUCUGUUCAGUUCUGGCAUUUUGUUAAAGAAGUAUUGUUGCAUAUAUUGAGAGUAGAAGUACCUGCUUGUGGCUACUUAACCUUUGGAUUCCCAUAGUUUUCUGCUUGUAUUGUGAGAAGAAAUUGGAUUUUUAUGUGUAGCAAAUUCCAAUAACAGGUACAGUAGUGGCAAGAUAAUAUCAUUUUAAGUACAAAUAUUCUACUUAUCAGAAAAACAAAAAUUAUAGAAGAAGAAAGUGAUUUAAUUAUGUGUUACAGACUAGGGCAGGAGUUUUAUUCCUUGAGUGAGCACUGAGGGUUGGUAGGCAGUACUCCUUUACAUCCCAGAAAAAAUGUGUAAACCAGACAUUUUUCUUCUUUAUUUCAUUGAAAUUUCUGGUGAUGUUGCAUACUUGCUUAGUUACAAGUGUGGAAAGAAAUAUAGUCUUUAAAAUUUAUAGUAAAAGUAAAGACAAAAAGAAAC